AUGGAAUUUGCCAAGAAUUUCAAGCCGAUCAGAGAUCAGUCUAUCCAAGCAGUCCCUGAGAAGAAGAAACUCAGAGUCUUGCUACAUCCAGUAACCAAGAUUAGUUGUAAUGUCAAGAAAUAAAGCAAAAGAAUCUGAAAAUUUUCAGCCUCAUCUAAAUCUGACUGAUAAAAAGAGGAGUAGACCUUGUCCUGAUAGCCCAGUCCUUGAUCAAAAGGCACUGCUGCAAAAGGAGUAUAAUAACCUUCGUAGCUAUAUUUCUGCGUCAAAAACUUACAAAGGACGGAAAUUAAAGGUGUCUUGAGCAGACAUUUUAUCCCACACGGAGAAACUAAGCCAGUCAUUGUACAAUAACCUGGCUGCAAGCAGCAUGGUUCAGCACAAGAAUAUUGAAAGAUUAGCACGUGAGCUUAAGAGGUUGAAUGCUAACUCAUUGACUCCGACUAAGUUAUAGUUCAAAAUAGUCAAUUUAGCAAAACUUGGGCUGCUAAUUUUCAAGCAGAUCUUAGCCCAGAUUGUAAGGGAUACUCUCGUGUAGUGCCUAUUUCUCCGAAUAGCUCUAUAUCUGGAAAGAUAUUCUCCACUAUGAAAUCAGAGAGAUCGCCUCAGAAGGAGACCACAAAGAGCAGGAUUAACAACUCAACAUUUUAUUUCAGCCAGAGACCUAAAUUUGAUGUUUCAAAGAGAAGGGAAUUUCUCAGAGGUUUGGAUGAUUAUAUAGCAAGUAAGCGGAUUAAUAGCACUAAGAAAGGGCAUAAGGGUGCUCCACAACCACAAAUAAUCACUAAGAAGUCUCACUCAUCUAAGAAGAAGCAUGGUUUCAGGAAGGUAAUGGUCAAGCGUAAAAAUAAAUCUAUUUUUAAACCAGAAUAUUCAUUUCCAAAGAGAAAGAGGUUGUUUAUCGAUAGCCCAAAGCAGAUGGGUAGUUUCCAAGAGUUCUCAUUUCCAAGCACUAUUAGUAACCCAAACCACAGCAGUAUGGUGAGUCCGAACUGGAAUCAUACUAUCCGGAAGAAGACUAGUAUUAAAUUUGAUAAAUUCUAAGACUAUCUGAUAAGGCUUUAUACACCUAGAAAUGUGCACAUGGAUGGGUUAUUCAUAAAAUCACUGAGAGUUUCACAAUCUUACUGUGUUUUAGCUAAAGCUAGUUAUCAAUAUGAAUUGCAACUAAGGACUCUUACUUCAGGAUGAUAGCAACACAAUGAAUAAUGAUUCAAAGUUGAGGUAACCUCAAGUAUGCACAGAGGGGUAUUAAUAAUCCAAAUGGGAUCUUCAGUAU